AUGUACUCUCCCAAAGUAGGCGACAGCCUGGAUGACCUUGACACUCCUUCUAUGAUUGUCGACCUUGCUAUCAUGGAGGCCAAUAUCAAGAAGCUCAUGGACAGACUUCUUCCAACAGGGCGCAACAUCAGACCGCAUCUCAAGACGACGAAGAGUGCUAUUAUCGCGAAAAAGCUUGUUGCCGCUGGUGCCAAAGGUGGAUGCGUUGCAAAGCUGAGUGAAGCUGAAGCUAUUGCUGCUGCUGGUUUUACAGACCUUCUCAUUACGUGUGAAAUCGUCGGUCCGGCCAAGGUCAGAAGAUUGGUUGAGCUCGUCAAGAGACAUCAAGGUGUCAGGGUAGUGGUAGACGACGCAGAGGCUGCCACGGCUAUCAAUGAUGCCUUGGCAAACUCAGGUGUGCCCGAGCCAAUAAAUGUGCUGAUAGACUUGGACGUUGGACUUCACCGCACUGGCGUCAAACCUGAAGGUGCCCUACCACUAGCAAGACAUAUCAACACUUUGAAACACAUGCGUCUUAUUGGUGUACAAGGUUACGAGGGUCACUUGCAACAUCUUCACGACUUCCAAGAUAGGAAAGAGCAAUGUCUUGAAUCAAUGCGCAUUCUUACAGAGACUUCCAAGGAGCUACAGAAAGAGGGAUUCAACAUCGAGGUUGUCACAACUGGAGGUACUGGCACAGCAGAUUUCUGUGCGACAGUACCAGGUGUGACGGAGUUACAGCCUGGAUCCUUCAUCUUCAUGGAUAUAGACUAUCGCAAUGCUAUUGGAGCAUACUAUUCCCACAGUCUGUCAUUCCUCGCAACAGUCGUCAGCAAGCAAGGCGAACGACAAGUCACUAUAGACACGGGACUCAAGAGCCUAACAACCGACAGUGGUCUUUCUGAAUGCAAAGAUAAAAGAUAUGUUUACAAUCAGUUGGGUGAUGAGCAUGGAUCGUUGAACUGGGAAGACGGAACACCAUCACUCAAGGUUGGUGACAGGGUCGAGAUGAUUCCCAGCCAUAUUGACCCAACCGUUAACCUCCACGAUUUUUACUAUGCUCAUCGCAAUGGAAUCAUUGAGGAGAUCUGGCCAGUCGACUCCAGAGGGAAGGUUCAGUAA